AUGAUGCUAUUGGAAGUAACGGCCAAUGCUGGACAAAAAGUUGGAACAUUGAUUGACCUGGCCUCGGAUACAAAUUACAUCACUCAUAAAGCUGCUAAGGAAUUAAAUCUUCGAAGCGAAGACGUCACUCUGGUGGUCCAUGGAGUUGGUGGGAUGAAGGUAUCAGUUGAAACCAAGCGGUAUCUGCUGAAGAUCAGAGUUCGUACCCCCAGAGGUAGUCUUAAGUCACACCAGCUAGUGUGUUAUGGGCUCAACAGUAUUGCAGAGAUCCACCGGCAUGUGACGGCCAAGAAGCUGCAGAGAAUAUUCCCUGACAUUCCACUGCAUGAACUGGUAAGACCUCAAGAAAUCCAACUCCUUAUAAGCCACAAGGAAGGACAGCUGGUGCCCCAGAAGAUUCGUGUAGUUGGAGAUCUUGUCCUCUGGGAUGGUCCUCUGGGGAAAACUAUUGGAGGUAGUCACCCUGACCUUUUUGAAGAGCUUGCUGUAACUGCACAUAUGUCAAAAACUCAUUUUGCACGUUCAAUGAGGACUGCGGCAGUCAAGUACGAAGAGUUCACCAGUAAAAGUUCAGCUACUCGUCAGUCUCCUGUGUAUCCUGCUGCUCAAUCAAGCACAGCAGCCAUCAAGCGAGAUUUCCUGGAAUGGUGGAAGUGGGACAGUAUCGGAGCCGCUUGUGAGCCCAAGUGUGGAGGUUGUCGCUGUGGCAAUUGCCAGCCAGGGGGCAAAGAAAUGACACUUGCUGAAGAAAGAGAAAUGGAAAUGGUGAAAAAUGGCUUAACGUAUGUAAAUGGAGAUGAGCACUGUGAGGAACCACACUGGCAUGCUGAAUACCCAUGGACAGAGGAUCCAGCUUCCCUGCCAAAUAACAGAAGGGCUGUCGAAGCAACAUUCCUCAGGACAGAAAAACAGCUGGCAAAGGAACCAGAAUGGAAAGUUGCCUAUACAGCGCAAGUGCAUGACAUGGUCCAUCGCAAAGCAGCAGUAAAGUUGUCAAAUGAGGUGAUUGAAAGCUGGACUGGGCCAGUGUGGUACAUCAGCCACCUAAUUGCUCCAAAUCCUCACUCUGUCACAACUCCAGUUAGGCUAGUCUGGAACAGCAGCCAAAAGUUUCGAGGUUUGAGCUUGAAUGACCUGCUGCUCAAAGGUCCAGAUGUGCUCAACCCCAUUCGUGCUGUCCUGUUGAGGUUUCGAGCUGGAGUCUUUGCUGCCUUGGGUGACAUACGGAAAAUGUAUAACUCUGUCUGGCUGGAAGACCGAGAAGUCCAUCUGCACAGAUUCCUCUGGCGUGACUCUGGAGAAGAUGAAAUUGAAGAAUAUGCCAUAACAAGGGUAAAUAUUGGAGACAAGCCAGCAGGCUGUAUUGCUCAACUGGCCAUGCGAGAGACUGCAAAUCUACCCAUAUUCAGUCACCUUAAGGAAGAGCGACGUGUGCUGCAAGAAGAUGCUUAUGUUGACGACAUCCUGACUUCCCACAACAGCAUGGAUCAACUGAAGGUCAUCACAUUGAAUGUUGAGCAGAUCCUAAAAGCUGGUGGAUUCCACAUAAAGCCCUGGGUCUACUCCGAUCAAAGUGGGAGGAAAGAGUCCAGAGACAAGAAUACUGAGCCAAAGACUAUGUUCUUACCAAAUCAGCUUACAGAAGAUGACAAUAAAGCCCUUGGCCUUGGAUAUACUAUACAAGACGACAAGCUCCACAUUAUGAUUGCUGUGAAUUUCUCAAAGAAGAGAAGGAAAAUGAGACUUGGCAAAGAUUUAUUAAAAGGGCAGGUGAGAUCACAAGUGCCAAAUCCACUCACCAGAAGAGAAUUACUGAGUCAAGUCUCAGGGCUGUAUGAUCCACUAGGUUUGGUGACUCCGGCCAAACAAAAAAGUGCAAUUUUGGUGCGAAGAGCCUUUCAAGAGGCCAAGGUUAUCUACUGCCCAACUAAGGAUACCUGGGAUGCAGCUUUGUCGGAGGGUCUCCGGGAGGAUGCAAUCAAGCUUCUGGAAGAGUAUGUGGAGCUGGGACAAGUAAAGUUCAUCAGACCCCUGACACCUCUAGACACCGCCACUGAACCCAUUGGUGUCACUUUCUCUGAUGGCAGUGAACAGGCAUAUGGAGCUGUGUUGUAUUUGCGUUGGAGCUGCAGUCAAGGUAUAACUGUGAGGCUUGUUGAAUCUAAGGCCAAACUAACCCCUCUCGACCAUAAGGGCGAUGCCGUAAAAGCAGAGGUGUGCGGAGCUGUCUUUGCUGCCCGAUUAAAAAAAUACUUCCAAAGACAUUGCAGGGUCCCAGUUGAGAAGUGGUAUCAUCUUGUUGAUAGUCAGACCGUCUUAGGAGCAGUGCAGCGUGAAAGUUAUGGUUACCAAACCUUCUUCGCGAAUCGAAUUGGAGAGAUUCAAGGCAGCACCAACGUCCAGGAUUGGUGGUGGGUUCCAGGGCAAAUUAAUAUUGCAGACAUCAUCACGAGAGGAGCUGGCCCAAAAGAUUUGGGUGAAGACUCUGAGUGGCAGUCAGGUCCAAAGUUCCUCCGUUUAUCAGUGAAUGAGUGGCCAAUUAAAUCCGCUAAAGAUGUUGCUGCUGCAGCCAGAGAAAACAUCACUAAGAUCCAGAAGAAAGCUUUUGUUGCCGCACUUACCAGGGCUCAAUUGAAGAAACAAGAGGUGGAAGAAAAUCAGAGUUUAAUCCAGACGGAGCCGAGUAGACCACCUGGUGGAACAGUAGUUCAAGAGUUAAUUGAUGUGAAAAGAUUCAGCAAUCUAACACGGCUGAUCAAGACGGUGGCAUUGGUCUGGAGAGCUGGAAAGAAGUUUCUUCAAAUCAACAAAAUGGACAAACUAAAGUGGGAGGCGGUAUCAUCAGCUGGUAUUAUCACUCUCAAAGAAAGAGAAGAUGCAUUCAGGGACCUCUGCCUAGCAGUGCAAAAAGAUGUUGUCUUCUCAAACACCACAAUAGAUCGACUGGUUGUCUACAGAGACAUGGCAACUGGACUUUUGGUGUGCGGUGGCAGAGUUCAAGUCUUUCAGGAAGACUUCAAAACCGUUCCCCUUUUGCCCUUUGAUGCCUGGAUUGCAACCUUGUUGGCUUGUGAAGCUCAUGACGAGGCACAUGAUGGAGUUGCGGGCACCUUGUUGAGGAUGAGAAGGAAAGCAUGGGUUUUGAGAGGAAGAAGAGUUGCCCAAAAAGUUGUUGACCGAUGCAUCUUCUGCAAAAAAGCAAAGGCCAGAGUAUGUCAACAAGUUAUGGGUAAACUACCUGAAGAGAGAACGAGACCUGCUGCACCAUUUGAGUUCAUAGCCAUUGAUCUGUUUGGACCCUACCAAGUCAAGGAUGAUGUCAAGAGAAGAGUGUCAAUGAAAGUUUGGGGAGUUAUCUUUUGCUGUAUGGCAAGUAGAGCUAUUCAUGUAGAGCUGGCCAAUACUCUUUCUACAGAGAGCUUUCUAUUGGCAUACCAGAGGUUUACGGCAGUUAGAGGUCAUCCCCGAAAGGUCUGGUCAGACCCAGGAACCAAUUUCAUUGGUGCAAAACCUGUACUAAAGGAUCUGUAUGCUUUUCUGGAAAGUCAAAAUAAAGCAACUUUAGAGGAGUAUGCAGUUAAAAAUGGAACACAGUUUGCCUGGAAAGUGCAUCCAGCUGAUUCACCACACCGAAAUGGAGCUGCUGAAGCUGCAGUGCGUGUUACGAAGAAAGCUCUCCAAAGUCUUGAGAAAGGGUCGGACCUUACUUUCAGUGAGUUCUUAACAGCACUUCAACUAGCUGCCAAUCUUGUAAACGAGCGUCCUAUUGAUGCAAGAGUUCAGAGCCGGGAAGGCUGCAUACAAUAUGUCACGCCAAAUUCACUACUGCUUGGUCGAGCCACACAGACAGGGGAUUACAAGACAUUCGACUUUGCCAACUACCCCUAUAAAAGGCUGCGAGAGAUACAAACCCAAGUCAAUUGCUUUUGGAGAUCCUGGAGCCAACUUGCUGGUCCAAACCUGUUUGUGAGGAACAAGUGGCAUACAGCAGAGAGGAACGUUGCCGUUGGAGACAUCGUGUGGCUAUGCGAUCAAAAUGUGCUAAGAGGCCAGUUUAAGCUCGGAAGAGUCAUCAGUAUAAACUCUGAUCCAAGGGGCAUCGUAAGGGAUGUAAAUGUUCGGGUGUCUCCAAACUAUUCUGUUCCUGUCCAGAAUUCAACGGUCAAAGAAUCUGUAUCCUGUGAAGGGAAGAGGGUCUGUCAAGGUACUGUGCUGCAUAGAGACGUUAGACGCCUUGUUGUUCUUCUUCGAUCGAAGAGCAAAUGAGGGUUGAGUAAAGGCUAUAAAACGGCACGAUUGCUAAGCUGUGCGAUCUUCCAAGUGGACUAUGAAAGGUCGAGUGGGAGGUGUUGCGGCAAAUCGCCCGUCACCCCGCCUUCUCUCAUUAGUACCAGGUGAAAUGAAUAGCGCAAUCUGUUGCGCGUGCCUGGGCUGUAUAAAGCAGCGCACUGUUGUAAUUAUUGGUAUGCACCGGGAAUUGACGCUACGGCAGAGAGCAGUGGUGACUCAAAGAAAAAUGAGUAUUAGAGCUUGAUAUCAAACACUGUGCGGGAGCGGGUACUCACCAAAGAACUCUGAAGUGACAGCCGGUUUUUCACCUACAUAGCUUAAUGCUAUAAAUAAAUGGAUGAAAGAAAUUCACAAGGCCUAAUCAUUGAGUGGAAUCCAGUUUAAUUCUUCAAAUAGUGAGACCUAUCA